AUGGAACUCCAAAAAACCGCGCUGCGGGUUUCCCUGUUUCUCCGCGGCGUGGGGAUCAGUCUGAUCGACGCAUUCCCGCGGGAGGUGAUGUACUGCUCGCUGGACGAGCUCACCGUCUCUGUGGAACGGUCCAAUCAGAACACGCUGGCCGUUUCCUCGUCGAUUACCCGCCUCCAAAUCGACAAUUCGCUCGCGGGAAGCCCAUUCCCGGUGGUUUUUGGCGCGCUAAACGCGGGCGAAGUGGAGGGAGAUUCGGUGUGCCGCUUUCUGGAAGUUUCGCUGAUGCUGUCGGAGCACCCUUCCGUGCUUCUGCUCGAUUAUCUGGGUGUUUUCUUGCGACCGAUGAGCGUUUCGGUGGACUCGGCAAUGCUGGAAGCGCUGCUUUCGAUGCUGAAUUCCAUCGCGUUCCCGCCUUCUCCGCUGGAUUCAGUGACCGGAGAGGCGAUUCUUCGGAAGUACCCACUGCUCUACUCGGAAUUGCCGUUCAUCACGAAGAUUUCCCAGCGCUAUUUGUACAUCCAGGAGCUCAUGCUUCAGCCGAUUUCCGUGAAAAUUUCCUUCCACAACGAUCCCUCCGCGCCGCUAACCGCGGAUUUACUGCCUUCUUCGGCGUGGCUGCUUCCUCUCAAAGCCGUUUUGAACACGGCCACGUCGCUCGUCGCCAAUCUGAACAACGCAGCGUUGCAGUUGGAUUCGUUCGCGAUGAAUCAGAGCUACAUCGCCCUCACGUCCUUCACCAACAAACUCCUUUCCCACUACAUCCAACAAGUCAUUAGCAAACUCUAUCUCCUCUUAGGCGCUUUCAAUCUCCUCGGAAACCCCGUCGAACUCGUCGGAAAUCUCUCCGAGGGCGUCCAGGCGCUUUUCUUCGAGCCCGUCCACACACUCAUGAAACGUCCCGAAGAUUUUGUGGCUAGCGUAGGGAAGGGAACCUCCAAACUCGUUUCGAUGACCGCGUACGGCGUUCUCAACUCGGUGAGUCAGAUUACGGACUCGAUGACGAACGGAAUCGCCGCGUUGAACUGGAGCAAAACGUAUCAGGCGGAUCGUGCCGCGGGGAAAACGGGGAUUGUGCACGGAUUCACGUCCGGCGUGAAGGGAUUGGUGAACGACACGGCGACAGGCUUGCAGAACGAUGGAUUGAAAGGACUGGUGACAGGAAUUGGAACGGGAUUGGCGGGCGUUGUGCUGAAUCCAGUGAUUGGCACGUUGGAAUCCGUAACGAACGUGGCAAACGAAGCGAAAAACCGAAUCCACGAAGAGAAAAAAUUGAAACCCGUGCGAACACCGCGAGCUCUUCCACUGGACGGGUUUUUACUGCCGUAUGAUCCGUAUUUGGCGGAAGGCGCCGCGUUUUUAGCGAUGGCCAAUCGGUCGGCAAUGUUCAAUUUGAAACCGAAUGAACGAUACGUGAUUCAUUUCGUUGUGGACGACGGAGCACGCAGCCUGCUGCUCACCACAUUGAAACUGCUGGUUCUGUCCGCUGGAGGGCGCGUUGAGGGCGUUUCAUCGCUGAAGAAAGUGGAAUUGGAGCGCGAAGGCGCGAUCGUGAAAGUGAAGCAGACUUCGCUGAAGAAAAUGUGGAAGCAGAACGAUGGAUUCCAUCUGCAAAGCGAGGAGAUCGCGACGUUGUUCGUAGAGGCGGUGAAUCGAAUCAAAUCGACUUCGUUUGACGCGAUUGCGAGUUUUGUUCGCGAGGUGGAAGCGAAGAUUCAGCCGCAGAAGAUGAAGGAAGAAAGCCUUCCCUCGCUGGACUCGCUGAACUCGCUGGCGAUUGGUGCGAUUCGCUAUGUGAGCUGCACGAUGAUGCGAGCAGGAGAGAGUUUCAAUGAGGAUCCAAAGCGAAAGCAUGUGAUGUACAAGGUGGAAGUGCAGGGAGGCGACGUGGUGUGGAAUGUAUAUUUCCGAUAUACGCAGUUAGAGUAA